AUGGGCCGCGUAUCUACUCCCGCCGCCUUGCUAGGGCUUCUCGGACUUGUCUCGGCGGCUGGUUGCCCCUUUGCUGACCCGGCUGCUCUUCGUGGUCGAGCAGAAGCACCUACCGGAGACCCGAUACUCGAAGCCACUAUUGAUGAUAGCAGUGGCUUCUUCACCGAUGACGUGGGUGGGCAGAUUCAGGAGCAAGACAGUCUUAGGGUUGGAGAUAGGGGUCCUACCCUGUUAGAAGAUUUCAUCUUUCGUCAGAAGAUCACACAUUUCGACCAUGAGCGAGUUCCUGAACGAGUUGUUCACGCAAGAGGUGCUGGAGCUCACGGCACGUUCACAAGUUAUGGCGACUGGAGCAACAUCACAGCUGCCUCGUUCCUAAGCCAACCCGGAAAAGAAACUCCGGUUUUCGUACGAUUCUCAACCGUAGCUGGAUCGCGUGGAAGUGCUGACACAGCGCGUGAUGUUCACGGCUUUGCGACGAGAUUCUACACCGAUGAGGGUAACUUUGACAUCGUGGGGAACAACAUUCCGGUGUUUUUCAUCCAGGAUGCUAUUAGGUUCCCGGAUUUAAUCCACUCAGUGAAGCCAAGCCCCGAUAAUGAGAUACCUCAAGCCGCCACAGCUCAUGACUCGGCCUGGGAUUUCUUUUCUCAGCAGCCGAGUUCGCUCCACACACUAUUCUGGGCUAUGGCUGGGUUCGGUAUCCCGCGCAGCUUCAGACAUAUGGAUGGCUUUGGUGUUCACGCGUUCCGUCUCGUGACUGAUGAUGGCCACUCUCAGUUCGUGAAGUGGCACUGGAAGACAAAGCAGGGAAGGGCUAGCUUGUACUGGGAAGAGGCUCAGGUCUUAGCCGGCAAGAAUGCAGAUGCCCACCGACAAGAUCUGUUCGAAGCUAUCGCUGCCGGUAAUGGUCCCGAGUGGGAGCUUGCCGUCCAGCUAGUCGAUGAGGACAAGGCCCUCGCGUUCGGAUUCGACUUAUUGGAUCCUACCAAGAUCAUCCCUGAAGAAUAUGCCCCUCUCCAGAAGCUUGGCGUCAUGAAGUUGCACACAAACCCAACGAACUACUUCGCGGAGACGGAGCAAAUCAUGUUUCAACCUGGGCACAUUGUGCGAGGAGUAGACUUCACCGAGGAUCCCUUAUUGCAAGGCCGCAUAUUUUCCUACUUGGACACUCAGUUGAACCGACACGGAGGUCCCAACUUUGAGCAGCUUCCUAUCAACAGGCCAGUCGUUCCCAUCCACAACAACAACCGUGAUGGCGCAGCUCAGAACUUCAUUCACAAGAACAUCCACCCUUACACUCCUAACUCAUUGAACGGUGGGUUCCCCCAACAGGCGGACCAGAAUAAUGGACGCGGAUACUUCAAUGCACCUUCCCGGAGCGCCAGCGGCAGACUCGUGCGCGGCCUCUCGUCCACAUUCGACGACCAUUGGUCGCAGCCGCGACUCUUCUACAACUCGCUUCUCCCCGUCGAGCAGCAGUUCCUCAUUAACGCCAUCCGCUUUGAGACCAGCCACCUGAAAUCUGCCGAAGUGAAGCAGAACGUACUCGUACAGCUUAACAGAAUAAGCAACGAUAUCGCAGUCCGUGUUGCCACCGCUCUCGGCCUAGAGGCCCCUGCUCCUGAUGACACAUUCUACCAUGAUAACACGACGAUGGGCAUUAGCAUUGUCAACGGCACACUGCCCACUGUUGCCACACUCAAGGUUGGUAUCUUGGCUAGCACAACAAGGGCGAACGGCACAAAUGCGCUCGACCAGGCUAAGAGCCUAAAACAGCGCCUAAGCAACGAUAACCUGACCGUGACCGUUGUAGCCGAGAGCCUGGUUGAGGGCGUUGAUAAGACGUACUCGGCUGCCGAUGCAACGGACUUUGAUGCCGUGGUUGUUACAUCCGGCGCUGACGCUGCCGGUCUUUUUACCCUCGGUACUCUAAGCCCACUCUACCCUCCUCUACGUCCUCUUCAAAUCGCCAACGCGGCGUACCUAUAUGGCAAGCCCGUUGCCUACUUCGGCAGCAGCUCGCCGAGUGACUCGCUAGCAGCAGGCGGUCUGGACCCGAAUGCGGAGGGCGUCUACGUCGAUGCCGACCUCGAGAAUGUGGCUACCGGUCUCGUGGACGGUCUUAAGACGUUCAAGUUCACUUCGCGAUACCCCGUGGAUAGGACCCAAUAG